AGAUUGGGAAACUGAGGCCCAGCGAAUGUAAGGGGCUUCCUCAAGGUCGUGGAGCAAGGAAGCAGUGAUCUUCCCUACUAUUUAGGGAGAGAGAAGAGAUAUUCCUGUAUUGAAACUCAUAAAGGCCUAGAGUACCUGGAGAUUUACCGCCUCCAUUACACUGCUGGGUCUCACGACACUUGUUAUGUUUUCAUUAUUUUCUCUUCAGAAGGUCCUUUCUGUUCCAGAAGUUGGAAACCCAAAUGCCUACAGAGGCCAGACUGGGGGGAAUGAAGCAGGAAGCCGCCGCUGUGAGCUGGAGAUCCAAGUCCUUCCCAAAGGAGCAGCCGCUGCUCCGUUCCAGAUAAUUGUUGCAGGGCAGGAAUGUUGACCUAGUGUUACCACAUUGUCCAGUUUCCCAGGGUAUUAUUGGAGUUUUGAAGUCAUGAAAACAUCAAAUGAACCAACCUGCAACACCUUGGAUUCAGAUUGGAAGAUAAAGAGAAAUUUUAAAGAAUGUGGCCUAUAAAGGCGGGUGGUACCUGGAAAUAUUAACUGACACACUGUAAAAAUGAGACCGGUUUCUAAGCAGUGGAGGUUAUUUUAGUCCAACAUCAAGGUUCAAGACAAAAUGUACAACUAAAAACUUUACAAUCCUCCCUCCCCUAUUUGAGACAGGUACUAACAUUGGUGAAUUAUGAUUUUGCUCGGUUGGAAUCACUCAUUUUUACACAUGUAGACCAUCCCCAGGAAUUCAAUAUUGGUUAUUUAAUAUAAAUGAUAAUGGGAAACUGAUAUUUUCAUCAUGGCAGAUUUCAAGGACUUGGUUUCAAACUGAGCCGUAGCUUCCCAAUGCGUUCUGUACAGUCUAGGAAAAACUGUGCUGCACUGGCCCAUUUCUGAAGGCCAUCAUGCUGUGUAAUAUGAGGAUAUCAUCUUAUUGCUGAUAUCUUUGGAGAGUCCCAAGCAGACACAGAAAAUGAAUGGAGGCAAGGAGUGUGACGGAGGGGAGAAGGAAGGAGCUCUUCCAGCUAUUCAAGUUCCUGUGGGUUGGCAGCGCCGCGUGGAUCAAAAUGGAGUUCUGUACGUCAGUCCCAGUGGGUCUUUGUUAUCUUGCUUGGAGCAGGUUAAAACCUACCUGCUUACUGACGGAACGUGCAAGUGCGGCUUGGAGUGUCCUCUGAUUCUUCCCAAGGUAUUUAAUUUUGAUCCUGGAGCAGCUGUGAAACAGAGAACUGCAGAAGAUGUCAAGGCAGAUGAAGAUGUCACAAAACUAUGCAUACAUAAAAGAAAAAUCAUCGCAGUGGCCACACUUCAUAAAAGCAUGGAAGCUCCACAUCCUUCUCUGCUGCUCACCAGCCCUGGAGGGGGAACAAAUGCAACUCCAGUAGUACCUUCACGGGCAGCAACUCCAAGAUCAGUAAGAAAUAAGCCUCAUGAUGGAAUUACAAAUUCUGUAAUGCCUGAAUGGAAGAAUCCUUUCAAGUUGAUGAUUGGAUCAUCCAAUGCUAUGGGAAGACUGUAUGUACAAGAACUGCCUGGAAGCCAGCAACAAGAACUCCACCCAGUCUAUCCCCGGCAGAGGUUGGGCAGCAGCGAACACGGACAGAAAUCUCCAUUCCGCGGCAGCCAUGGAGGCCUCCCCAGCCCGGCGUCAUCAGGUUCCCAGAUUUACGGAGAUGGUUCGAUCUCUCCGAGGACUGACCCACUUGGAAGCCCAGAUGUUUUCACAAGAAAUAAUCCUGGUUUUCACGGAGCUCCCAAUUCUAGCCCUAUUCACCUGAAUAGGACUCCUCUUUCUCCGCCCGCAGUAAUGCUACAUGGGUCUCCUCUACAGUCAUCCUGUACGAUGGCUGGGAGAACUAAUAUACCUCUUUCCCCAACCUUGACUACAAAGAGUCCAGUAAUGAAAAAACCAAUGUGUAAUUUUUCAGCUCAUAUGGAAAUGCCACGAGCAAUGUUCCACCACAAACCACCCCAAGGCCCACCUCCCCCGCCUCCACCUUCUUGUGCUCUUCAGAAAAAGCCAUUACCAUCUGAGAAAGAUCCACUUGGCAUUCUUGACCCUAUUCCUAGUAAACCAGUGAAUCAGAACCCCGUUAUCAUGAAUCCAACCAGUUUCCACUCAAAUGCCCACUCUCAGGUACCUGUGAUGAAUGUAAGCAUGCCUCCUGCUGUCGUUCCUUUGCCAAGUAAUCUCCCUUUGCCAACUGUAAAGCCUGGUCACAUGAAUCAUGGGAGUCAUGUACAAAGAGUUCAGCAUUCAGCUUCAACCUCCCUGUCCCCUUCUCCAGUGACAUCCCCAGUGCACACGAUGGGGACUGGAAUUGGAAGGAUUGAGGCGUCGCCCCAAAGAUCACGCUCAUCUUCCACGUCAUCAGAUCAUGGAAAUUUCAUGAUGCCACCUGUAGGACCCCAGGCCGCCUGCGGUGGUAUGAAGGUUCCACCCAGGUCCCCGAGGUCAGCAAUAGGGUCCCCAAGGCCAUCCAUGCCAUCAAGCCCUUCUACCAAGUCCGAUGGACAUCACCAGUACAAGGACAUCCCUAACCCAUUAAUUGCUGGAAUGAGUAAUGUACUAAAUACUCCAAGCAGUACAGCUUUCCCUAGUGCAUCUGCCGGAAGUGCUUCGGUAAAGGGUCAGCCUGGUUUGCUGGGAAUGCCUUUAAAUCAGAUCUUGAACCAGCACAAUGCUGCCUCCUUUCCAGCAAGUAGUUUACUCUCAGCAGCAGCCAAAGCACAGCUAGCAAAUCAAAACAAACUUGCUGGUAACAACAGCAGCAGCAGUAGCGGUUCCGGAGCUGUUGCCGGCAGUGGUAACACUGAAGGACAUAGCACUUUAAACACCAUGUUCCCUCCUACUGCCAACAUGCUUCUUCCAGCAGGUGAAGGGCAAAGUGGUCGAGCGGCACUAAGAGAUAAGUUGAUGUCUCAGCAAAAAGACUCAUUACGGAAAAGAAAACAGCCACCUACCACAGUGCUGAGUUUGCUCAGACAGUCUCAGAUGGAGAGUUCCGCGGUUUCUAAACCUGGACCUGACUUGCUAAGGAGGCAGAGUCAGGAUUCCUUUCCCAUCAGCUCAAUGUCUCAAUUACUACAGUCUAUGAGUUGUCAAAGCUCUCACCUGAGUAGCAAUAGUACCCCAGCUUGCGGGGGCUCAAAUACUGCUUUGCCUUGCUCUGCUAACCAGCUGCAUUUUACCGAUCCCAGUAUGAACUCCGGUGUUCUGCAGAACUCACUGACACAGAACGCGCCUGUAAGAAGGGAAGCCGUGCACUGCCACAAUGCAAACGCUAACUUUGUUCACAGUAACAGCCCGGGCCCCAACCACCAUCUUGCAGGUUUAAUAAAUCAGAUUCAGGCUAGCGGGAGCUGUGGGAUGCUCAGUCAGUCGGGCAUGGCGUUAGGAAACUCCUUACAUCCCAACCCACCUCAGUCAAGACUUUCCGCGUCCUCCACUCCAGUGAAACCAAACAGCAUUGUUAGCAGCUAUAAUCAGACAAGUUCUGAAGCAGGCGGCACAGGCCCAUCCUCCUCCAUAGCCAUAGCUGGCUGCAGUCAUCCUACCAUCACAAAGACCACAUCUGUUCUUCAAGACGGAGUCAUAGUCACCACCGCAACUGGAAACCCCCUGCAGAAUCAGCUGCCCAUUGGGAGUGAUUUUCCUUUUGUUGGCCAGGAGCACGCACUUCAUUUUCCAUCCAACAGCACUUCAAACAACCAUCUUCCACACCCCUUGAACCCCAGCCUCCUCAGUUCUCUACCUAUCUCUUUGCCAGUGAAUCAACAGCAUCUCCUAAACCAGAAUCUAUUAAAUAUCCUCCAGCCUUCAGCAGGAGAAGGCAAGUCUGAGAUCAACCUCCACCCUUUAGGUUUUCUCAACCCAAAUGUAAACACUGCUUUAGCUUUUCUCUCCGGUGACAUGGACGGACAGGUACUCCAGCCUGUUCACUUUCAGCUCUUAGCAGCCCUGCUUCAGAACCAAGCCCAAGCAGCUGCCAUGCUUCCCCUGCCAUCUCUCAAUCUGACUCUCUCAGAUCUUUUGCAACAACAAAAUACCCCUUUGCCCUCAUUAACACAGAUGACAGCCCCGUCAGACCACUUGCCAAGCAAUCAGUCAGACAACAGCCGAGCUGAGACCCUUUUAACCAGCCCCCUGGGGAACCCUUUACCAAAUUUUGCAGGCAGUGACACUACUUUUAACCCCCUGUUCCUCCCAGCUGUCACUGGGGCCUCAGGAUUAAUGGCCUUGAAUCCCCAGCUGUUGGGAAAUGUCCUGAACUCAGCAUCGGUCAACACUGCUAAUCAUCCAGAGGUUUCCAUAGCAACCUCCUCCCAGGCAACCACUACCACAACCACUACAUCAUCAGCAGUGGCAGCACUGACUGUCUCAACCCUUGGUGGGACAGCAGUGGUGUCAAUGGCAGAAACAUUGCUGCAUGUAUCUAAUAAUGCUGGGAAUGCACCUGGUCCAGCUAAGCUCAACAGUAACCCAGUGGUGCCACAGCUACUUAACCCUCUACUGGGGACAGGUCUGCUUGGUGAUAUGUCAUCAAUAAACAAUACCUUGAAUAACCACCAACUGACUCAUCUACAGUCGCUGCUAAACAACAAUCAGAUGUUUCCUCCAAGUCAGCAACAGCAGCAACUUCUCCAGGGGUACCAGAGUCUCCAGGCCUUCCAAGGACAGCCCUCCGUCCCUUGCGCAGCUAACAGUAACCCCAUGGCUUGUCUCUUUCAGAAUUUUCAGGUGAGGAUGCAAGAAGAUGCAGCUCUCCUAAACAAAAGAAUAAGCACUCAGCCGGGGCUCGCAGCAAUUCCUGAGAACCCCAACACUGCACUUCCGCCUUUCCAAGAUACGCCGUGUGAGUUGCAACAGCGGCUCGACCCCUCUCUUGCUCAGCAGGUGAAGGAUGGUCUUGUUAUGGGUAACCAAGGUGAUGCUUCCGUGGAUGCCAUUUACAAAGCAGUUGUCGAUGCAGCCAGCAAAGGAAUGCAGGUUGUCAUCACCACUGCCGUCAACAGUACAACUCAGAUCAGCCCUAUCCCUGCUCUGAGCGCCAUGAGUGCCUUCACUGCCUCCAUCGGCGACCCACUAAAUCUCUCCAGUGCUGUCAGUGCUGUCAUUCAUGGACGGAGCAUGGGAGGUGUUGAUCACGAUGGCAGGCUGAGGAACGCGAGAGGGCCCCGGAUGUCCAAGAAUCUAGACCAUGGGAAAAACUCAAACGAAAGAGAUGGGUUUGAGUACUUCAAGUCAGCAAGUUGCCACACACCCAAAAAACAGUGGGAUGGGGAGCAAAGCCCCAGAGGGGAGCGAAACAGGUGGAAGUAUGAGGAAUUUUUAGAUCAGCCAGGCCACAUCCACAGUAGUCCUUGUCAUGAAAGGCCCAACAACGUCUCCACACUGCCAUUUCUUCCCGGAGAACAGCACCCAAUACUGUUACCACCAAGGAACUGUCAAGGGGAUAAGAUUCUGGAGGAGAAUUUCAAAUAUAAUAACUACAAAAGAACUAUGAUAAGUUUUAAGGAGAGACUAGAGAACACUGUGGAAAGAUGUGCACACAUUAACGGGAACAGACCUCGACAGAGUCGGGGCUUUGGAGAGCUGCUAAGCACUGCGAAGCAAGACCUAAUCCUAGAGGAGCAGUCUCCGAGUUCCUCAAAUAGUUUGGAAAGUUCUCUAGUCAAAGACUACAUCCAUUACAAUGGAGACUUUAAUGCCAAAAGCAUUAAUGGGUGUGUGCCCAGCCCUUCGGACGCUAAAAGCAUUAGUAGUGAAGAUGACCUAAGGAACCCAGAUUCCCCUUCUUCAAAUGAGUUGAUACAUUAUAGACCAAGGACGUUCAAUGUUGGUGACUUGGUCUGGGGCCAAAUCAAAGGACUGACUUCCUGGCCUGGAAAGUUGGUAAGAGAAGACGACGUUCACAGUUCAUGUCAACAGAGCCCCGAGGAAGGGAAGGUGGAGCCCGAGAAGUUGAAGACACUAACAGAAGGUUUGGAAGCCUACAGCCGAGCCCGGAAAAGAAACAGAAAAAGUGGAAAGCUAAAUAACCGUUUAGAAGCUGCUAUUCAUGAGGCCAUGAGUGAACUGGACAAAAUGUCUGGGAGUGUUCACCAAAUCCCACAGGGAGAUAGACAAAUGAGACCACCCAAGCCCAAGAGGAGGAAGAUCUCCAGAUAACAGAGACUGCUCCAGUAAUGUGCAGUGUUUAUCAAAGGGGCGUGCACAGAUGUCUAUGUACAUAGAUUGAUACGGCCACUGUUACAUCAGUAUUCAAACCACGGCAGAUGGUGACCACACCACAGGGUGCUAACAGCAACAGUGAUACACACGUUUUUUGAUGGGGAAGGCUAAUGAAUGCUGAAAAACCAAUCACAAUCCCCGUAUGCUGAGUGAUCAGUGGUCAAGAGAUUACUGAGCAACUCUUUUUCUAUGACACUAAAAUUGUGCUCAAAGAAAUAGUCCAAAUGUUUCUGAAGAAUUUUCGAUGUUGUAUAUAGAAAAUACAGAAUUUCAUGGUGAUAUCAAAAAUGUAAAUAUUGUACAAUAUUGUCAUGUACAAGCGUACCUAAUGCACACUUUAUCUUUUAUUGUACAAAGAAAUAGUGUACAAAAUUCUUUGGUUUCUAUGGAGUACACCUACCAGAGACUACCAGUGUAAAGUGAUAAAUAAAAAUACAACCUAAAUGCUUUUCUAUGAUAAUGUAAAAGAUGCUGUUUUUGUAUCUAACAGCACAGAAAAGGCAUGAUGAUGUAAUAUCUUAAUUAUGACAUAACACACCACACCACUGGGUGUUCACUUACAAUGUCUAUUCAGAAUGAACCUUGCAUGGAAACAUUGGACUCAAUUUUGGGUAGCUAGGAAAUUGCAACCUUGCAGAUUUCUAAAGGGAUGAGGGCUCACAGGUCGAAAUUAAGAAUUCAGAAACUGCAACCAUUUGUUGCAUAUUUUUUUUACCUAAGUUUUAAAAUAGAAUAAGUUUUAUAAAAAAAAAAAAAACUUAGAUGGAAUAUUUUACUCAGCCAGUUCUGUAGUUAGUAUUUGAUAGCCACCUGUUAAACUAGGUAUCCUACCACCACUGAUCCUCAGAACUAAAGUUUUUUUGCAAAUGAUACCUGAAAAGGUAAAAUUUCUAUUUCCACACACAGAAGCAAAAGCCCCACGUUGAAACUGUUAUCAGAGGCAAGGAUUAUUAUAGGUCAGUUUCUUUGUAGUGGCCAAAAAAAUACAAAUCAUCAAAGCAAGCUUCAUAUCCAUUCAUCAGUAUUACUUAACCCAGAAAUUAAGGUGGCUUACAAAAUUAUUAGUGAUGGUAAUUUUUUAUCAGUAUUAUGUAAUAUAUCAGAUUUAUUUUAUUUAAAGAAUUAUUUAUACCAUUAACAGAUUCUUAUAUAUAUAUAUAUAUAAUGUGGCUGAAAUGUGCAGGUUAAAUCUAUUAACCAAAUUAUUUAUAUUAUAUUAAGUAAGAAAAAAAUGUGAAACAAAUGUAGAGAGAAAAUACUACAAAUAUACAACCCUGAAACUGUGAGCCAUUGUGCAGUACAAGGUAGUUAACGAGAACCGUAGCACAACACCAUUUUGCAUCUUCUUUUCACAAUUCUUCCUGGCGGUGGCGCAGCCCUGCCCCAAGGUAGAUGAGUGACGUUCCAGGCCACCCGCCUCACUUCAGUGUACGAUCGCCCUAAGAAGGUGUCGGCCGUUCCUUUCUCUGGGCACCACCAGCCUCCACCCCACCACCCGCUUCAAGCACUGCCGGUCCCUCGCCUGGGGCUCACUCUGCACCCUGAAGUUCUCCGACAAGCGGCUCUGGGCACCGCCACUUCCCCACUCCCCGUCCCCUCUGCUUCCCCGGCCCCGACUCCGCAGUUGUCCCAUCAUGUAGCAGAGCUCCAGUCACUCAGGAAAAAGGAGACCAAGGUCAUUCCUCACGUGAGUCUCUGGGGCCACAGCACAGAGCACGCCGCCUGGGCUCACGUCUGAUAGCAACAGUUCUUAGUUCUCACUGGCCCCUGUAUCCUCUGUCUCUUCUGUACCCCCCUCGCCCCUACCCUCAAGCCUGGGGGAGCGAACUGGGCACGCUUAGAUUUACGGCCUGGAGCAGGACCUCUUCCUUCAGGGGCAGGUUCACUCUGUCUUUCGAACUGCUGGGCCUACCUCCCUGGCCCCUUAUACACUCACAAACGUUUAUGUAGUUUAGUUGACAUAUUUUUGUUAUAUAUUUGAUACAUUUAGACCAUUAAUGUUUAUUUUUUGUAUCAACCUGCUUUUCUACUGUUUUGCCUACACAACGUGUUUCUUCACAGACAGGCACAUGUAUGUGUUUGUGUGUUGGGUGUGUCCCUAUGUGUUUUAAGUGUUGAUCUAUGAAGACGUUUUUAGCCUUUGCCUCUCUGUCUUCAGGAGUCUGGGGCACCCAAGCCUUUUUGUUCAUUUUGAGCGAAUUCGGUGUGUGCUUCCCCACCACUGUGUGCUUUACAUCAGUAGACCAUGUAAAGUAUGUUUCUGCCCAUGACAUCAUGGUUGCGUAUGGCUUUGCUAUGAGUGGUAGGUAUAGCUGUCUCCGUCCACAUGAGGUUUUUCCCCUCUUUCUUACAGUGAAAUGGUUUCAUGUAAGUAGUUAAUGUAAAUAUUGUUAGUAUUUUAGGUCAUUGAGUGCUUUAACUUUUUUUUAGAUGUUGCACCUUCUUUACCAUUAAAAAUUGGUCACUCGUACUUCAUUUCCACCCACCAAGCCAUUUCCUUCUCUUUGUAUUGAAGCGAAUUCAUUUUUUUAAAACUGAAGGUCAGCCCUUCUAUGCUAGUACAUUUUUUAUUCCCUAAAAUAAACUUUUUUAAAACAAAUCCAAGAAUGGGAACAGAAUGAAAUUUUUUUGCUCCUUUAAAGAACACAAUAGUUCCUGCUGGAAAAAGGAAAUCGAAUUUAAUUUUGUAUCCCCAACAGCCCUAGGAAGCACACGGAGAAUAAACUGCACAUCUCAGGAGUUUCCAAAGAGUAUCUCCAAAGAGUGACUAUCAGCUGAGCAGCUCUCGUGUGGCUUGUCUUGUUUAUAGCAUUAAAAGCAUCCCAAGGUUUUUAUUUAUUUAAAGGAAUAUUUUUGGUUGUACUUUUCCGUCGCGUUAUGGAUGAAAAUGCUUUAAGAAAAACAUUCAUUCCUUGUGAUAUCAUGGGCCACAUGUAGUUUUUAUUUAGACUUCUACUUUUGAGUUUUUGCUACGGCUGUUUUUUAAGUAAACAUAGCUUCCUUACUUAAACAUGACUCUGCAGAAUUGUGGGAGGAGCAGAGGGCUGUUAUUUCACUUUCUGUAAGUUUUAUGAAGAUUCUCAUAUCACAUGGGUUGAAUCCUUUUUCAUUUCAGACCAUGAUCUCAACUUUGAUAUCAACUUGCAGUGUUCCCUUGGAAGGCGCAAACAAUUUCGCAUUAGGGUGUCAAAAUCUAGGAUGCUCAAGAUGUUUGUGGCUUUGUUCUUUCUGAAAAGAAAGCAAAGAUUCUAGACCUUCUGAAAAUUCAAAAUCUUGUUUACUUUACCCAAAUGAUAUGAUUUACACCCAAAUGAUAUGAUGCAAGCCUCAAGAUUUUUCAGUGACAUGUAUAAAAUAAGUUGUGUGUUACUUCAUUUGGGGAUACGAACAAGAGAUAUCAACCAACCCUAACUACGGUACUGAAUUAGUUUAUCCUUCCUUUCAUUCACUUUCUUAUAUUUGCAUUAGCCAAAGAGAUAAGAACAUUAGUAAUUCAUAUGUGUGACAACACAGAAGUGAAUAUUAAAUCAGUAAGCCAAAAAGCAAUAAACAACUGAAGCAUGGUAUAUCCUGCUAACGGUGGGGAGUCUGAUAUAGAAAAUAUAUAUAUAUAAAGCAUUAUCUUCAGAAAUGAAAGAUUAAUUUGUAUCUACUGUAAAUAUGUAUUAUCAACCUUAUCUGCUUUAUACACACUGUGUGUGUGCUUCAGUGAUCUUUUAUAAACCGGAAAAAUGGUUGAUUUAAUAAUUUGUUAUGUAAAUACAAAGUUGUCUAUAAAUUGGAAAAUUUGA